UUCACCACCGUUUUUCUCUCCCAUACUCAUCAUACUGAGGCCCCCUCUCUCUCUCAACCAUCACCAGCUCCGUUCCGUUUCUUUCUUUCCUUAUCUCUCUAAGCGAUUUUUUCUUUCUUUCUCUCUCUAAACGAACCGUUUUUCCUAUUUCUUCAGCUUCAGCUCUCCUAAAUUGAUUGUUCUAUUUAUCACGGUGAUUUAUAUUAAUACAUUUUUUCCUUUUUCUCCUUUGAAAGGUACUUGCCAAGAGGAAAGAAAAGGAAAUCGGAGCACUUCGAUUCUCAAAAUUUUGAAGCAAAAUAGAGGACUUUUUUUCCUGUUGAAUAUUGGCGUCGGUCUAGUACUAUAUUCGUAUUCAAAGAGAAUCGAUCGUGAUGGCGUCAACUGUGAUCUCGAAUCAUCCCCUAAACAACUCUAACUCUGAUCGCUCAAAAAGGAAAAAGAAGAAGAAAUCGCAAGCUCAAUCCAAGGAGAGUCAAAAUCAAGGCCACGCUAAAUGGAAAACCGAAGCUCAGCAGCAAAUCUACUCAUCCAAACUCAUCCAAGCCUUGAGCCAAGUCCGCCUCAGUCCUCCUUCCCCUUCAGCUCCGCGCCAAGGCCGCGCCGUUAGAGAAGCCGCUGACAGAGCCCUGGCAGUCGCUGCCAAGGGGAGAACAAGGUGGAGUCGAGCAAUAUUGACUAGCCGAAUCAAGCUCAAGUUCAGGAAGCAGCACAAGAGGCAGAGAGCGGUGGCGGGCGCUACUGCCUCGACAGCAACCGGGACUAGCCGGUCGAAGAAGCCAAGAUUCAGCGUUUUCAGGUUGAAAGGGAAGAGUUUACCGGCUGUCCAAAGGAAAGUGCGUGUUCUAGGCCGAUUAGUUCCUGGUUGCCGGAAACAACCAUUGCCUGUUAUUCUAGAAGAAGCAACUGAUUAUAUAGCUGCUCUGGAGAUGCAAGUUCGAGCCAUGAGCGCUCUUGCUGAACUUCUCUCUGGCUCCAGCUCAAGUUCCGGCGCCGGCUCUAGUACCGGGCCGACGCGUUGAUGGCAGUCUAGGCCCAUCGCCAGAUGUCAUUACGUGGUGCUUUAAUAUAUUUUUUUUCUUAAUUUUCAUCUUCCCCCACUUUCUAUCCAGUAAUUUCAUGUUAAAUACGGGUCCUUCUUCUCAUCCUCUUUCCUAUUUUCCUAUUUGUUCCGAGUAAUUCUAUCUCACAUGGACUUUUCUUUUCUAAAAUUUGCAUGUCCUUUCUUUGGAGUCCUUUAGAAGGAAUAAUUAACCAGUAAAAUCUUCACUUAAAAUCUGUGAACAUCUGGUUUGAACUUUGAACCUUUUAAGGGAAAAUCAUCCGUUAAUCAGUAGUGGGAUUUGGUGUAUACUAAUAUAUGAACUGCUUAUGGGGAUAUAAUGGAGAGCUUGUUUUCUCCAAUUGUUUGUAUAUACUGCACAGGCUUGCUUAAUGGGUUAUUCCAUCUCAGACAUUGUUUGCA